UCUCUCUCUCAGACAGAACCAAGAUCAUUCUAGGAAAUGGGGAAACUCGGGAAGAAGGCAAGGAAAUUUGCCAAGAAGCAUCUUCCAUCUGUACUUAAGAAUAGGCGCAAAUUCAAAUCUAUUCGAGAUUCUUUCAAAAGAAAAGGAGCUUCAAGAAAUGAAGGGGACGCUGAUGAAGACCAUGUGAGUGCUGCGAUGGAUGCAGGAAAUUCAGAAGGUUUGCUUGCAAAUGGAGCUGUUGGUGAUACUUCUCUCGAUACUUUAUUCUGUGAUGAUGACAAUGAUUCAUUCGAGGAUGCCUCAGACAGUGAUGGGUUUCUUUCCGAGGAUUCAAACUGUCCGCAAACUGCUAACAAUGCAAGCGAUAAUGAUUCGGAAGAUGAGUUUGAAGGUGGCACUUUAUCGGGACAUAACAGGGAAAUUCAUUUAGAGCUUGCCAAGCAAAAGAGGAAAUUGGACAAGCUGAAGGAAAAGGAUCCAGAUUUUGCAAAAUACUUGGAAAACCAUAGUGCGGACCUUGAGCAAUUCAGAAGCGAAGAGACUUAUUCUGAUGAAGAAGUAGAGCCAAAUGAGCAGGGCAGACCCACUGGGAGCGAUAACUUAAACUUGCAUGAUGCCAAAGUUCUCACGAGCUCUGCUAUUAAUGCUUGGUGUCAAUUGGGUAUGGAUCAACAAAGCAUAUCUGUGCUCCCUAAUCUAUUGAAUGCAUUCCGUGCUGCAUGCCAUUAUGGAGCCGAUGACCCAGAUGUAAUUUCAAGCUGGAGAAUUCAAAAACAAGAAGUUUUCUGUAAGAUAUUGAUGUUUGUACUUCGUGAGGCGGACGGUAUAUUUCGAAGGCUACUGGGAAUUUCGAGUACUGGUUGCAAGAAAGAGACCAUUUUGGAGCUGAGAAAUACAACCAAGUGGAAAACCGUGAAGCCUCUGUUGAAGUCUUAUUUACGGAAUGCAUUAUAUCUUCUGAAUCAAGUUACUGACCACCAAAUACUCGACUUCACCUUAUCUCGACUCAGAACUUCUAUUAUAUUCUUUAUUGCUUUCCCAUCAUUACGGCAAAGACUUAUCAAGGUUUCUGUUCAUUUGUGGGCAACAGGUGGAGGUUCUCUGUCUUUAUCGUCAUUCUUCAUCAUACGAGACAUGGUCGUCCAAUUGAAUUCGGACUGCAUCGACACCUGCAUGAAGAAGACAUAUAAAGCUUUCAUUGCACACUGCAAAUUUGUUGAGCCUGCUAAUCUAAAACACAUACGGUUUCUUGGGGAUUCUGUUGUCGAGCUUUAUUCUCUAGAUAUGCAAAAAUCAUAUGGCAUUGCACUCGCUUCCAUCCAACUGUUGGCUAAGAUUCUGCAGCAGGCUCUUAGAAUGAAGAAUAAGGAAGCACUCAAGGAGAUCUACAAUUGGCAGUAUACCAACUGUAUCGAUCUUUGGGUAAAGUACAUAUCUGCAAACAUUAGGGACCACGAUCUCCAACCGUUGCUUUACUUGGUUAUUCAGCUUAUAAAUGGAGUGGCCCACUUAUUUCCUGGGCCCCGCUACUUGCCUUUGAGGCUCAAAUGCAUACAGAUGCUCAAUCAGCUUUCCAAUUCUAGCAGAGUUUUCAUUCCCAUAGCAUCCGUGGCGCUCAGCUCUUUGGAAUAUAGAGAAAGCAGCAAGGCGGAUGCGAGACCCAGAAAGACAUUCAAUAUCUCCUCUUUAUUAAAGGUGCCAAAACAGUUGUUGAAAUCACGAGACUUCCAAGAGGAGUGUGUUCUUUCCGUAAUCGAGCUGCUUUCAGUGCACUUUGCUCAAUGGAGUUACCAUAUAUCUUUCCCUGAACUUGCAACUAUUCCUCUCAUUCACUUGCGAAAAUUCCAUGAGAAAACAACCGUUGAGAGUCUCCGACGUCUGGUGAAACGUUUGAUAGAUCAGGUUGAGCAGAAUGUUGAAUUUGUGCAAAAGAAAAGGGACGAGGUUGCAUUUUCACCAAAAGAUGAGGCGUCUGUCGAUUCAUUUCUUCAGCUUGAAAAGAGCGGUCGCAUUGCUCCUUUCACUCAGUACUAUGCCAGUGUCCUCCAAAACUCAAUCUCCAGAAAUGCAGUCUUGAAUGAAAAGAUAAGUAUGCUGGAGCAGAAGGAAUCCAGAAGAAGGCGGCGGCCGGUUUGUGCUAGCAGCAAAGAUGGUGAAAGAAUAUUGGAGAAUGGAAUGGCAAAUUCAAUGGUUGAAAAGAGCAGAAGAAAUAUCAAGCGAAGAAAGCAAAGAACUUGAAGAGGGUGUUCUUGAAUGUGAGAUCUACACCAUUGAUUGUAUGACUAGUCAUGUUUAUGGGUCAUGUACCAAGUAUCCCAACCCGACCUAACCUGGACCCAAUCCAAUUUGAAAGCAGGUUGGGCAUUUACCGACCCAAACCUGACCGGAGGACUUAAAACAACCCAGCCCAAUCUGUGUUGGUCUGGGCUCCAUAUCGUCCCGCUUGACCAAGAUGCACUAGUGCAAAAAUCACAGCCAUCGGACUGUUCGUAAUCCUCCUUUCAAUGCGCUGAUUGUAUAAAUUCUAUUAUCCAAUGAAUAUGAUUUUUUUUUUUUU